GGCUGUAGGCAUGCAGAGAUACAGCACAUCGAUCACCACGUCCAAGUGGGAUCUCGCUCCACUGCUCAACGCAACUUCUAAAUGUAUAUGUGGGCGGUAAUAGUCUUGAUACGUUCAAGACGUUCGAUUCGUACGAAUGCAUCUGGUCAAAAUAUGUCCAGAUCCCUGUAGAGUGUCGAGCAUGGGAGCGAGACCCAUGGACUACUGGGUAGUUUGCUGCUAGCCUCGGAUGGGAAGUGGGGGAAGAGGGGGAAGCGGAGGAGGAAGCGGAGGGGGAAGCGGAGGGGGAAGCGGAGGAGGAAGCGGAGGAGGGUGUGGAGAACAAGGAAACGAAGGAAGAGGAGGUGUUGUGGUAGGAUCCUUUCUCCCUCUCAAGACAUGUGUAUGCUAUAUUUUUUGUGGUGUGGACCGUCUAGGCUUCUCUAUUGCCUAGAAGAGGCGAGGACACAUCUUCAACCAUCUCUCUUUAAAGCGCGGUGAAAUGGAAGGAUUGUGACAGGGAUUCUUUUUGACACAGGAAGGUGGAACAUCGAAUGUUUUCCAGUGGAGAGUGCUGAGCGAAGAUUUAUGGAUUGGUAGCGCAGACUUCUUUCUGCACCUGCUGAUAGCGUAGGCCGCUUUGUGCAUUUUAGUGUUCUUCCCAGAAGUGCACAUCUUCUCCCUCCCUCGUGCAUGAUUCCUCGGAGAGGCGCAUUUGUAUGGUUCAGGUGCAACGAACACUGUGUAGCAGUUGCAGUUGCAGUUGCAGACGUAAUGGAUCGGAGUAUUGGUUGGUUGCAAGGUGUGGUGGUGAUGGGCUUUACCAGUCUCCGGUGACUGUCAAUCAUUUUCAUCAUUCUCUUUUGUGUUGGGAAAGGAGGAUCAUGAUACCUUGUGCCAUCUAUUUGUGGAUUUUGUACAGACCUGGUCAUGACUGCCGUCACGCACCUGGCGUUGCGCUGUGGGAUUGAUUACCUUAGGUGUGUGAGCGAUUGGACCAGUUCGAUGAUGCGUGAUUUCGUUGACGUGGCGGUGCACAAACAGAUGGCAAUUGCAUGCGCAGGAGCCGUUGGCAUGUGCCCUGUCUUCACUCAAGAAGACGCAGCUUUUGCAGGCUGAGUUGCACUGCGACUUGCAGCGUUUCACUGACUGUGUAUGUCCUAGUAUAUCAAGUGGCUGCCAGGAUGGCUGCAGCAGGCACCAUAGAGUCCAGGGCAGUGUAUGCGUCUUUGGAUCUCAGAGUCUCUAGCAGUAGCUCUUUGAGAAGCGAAGGGAAUCAGGGAAGCGCAGGCUGUGUGGUAUCUGACAAGCCGGAAAGGUAUCACCCCGACAUGUCUUCGCUUGCGCUUACCUCAUCUGGUUUUACUGGGAAGAUAGGUGCUUUAGCCCUGGACGUUUUUCCGGCUGCCCUUUCCGAUAGAUGGGUGGUGAGGUGUUGGGCUGGCGCGAAGACUUCAAAACCAUUUUCUAAGUUGGAACAUGAUGGGGCAUGGCUCCUCUCCGAAAGACGUAUCGAGCCAUCUACUAUAGUUUGGUUAUCGAAAAGGGUCCACGGGCACUCCCAGGGUGGGGAGUCCCCUCUGUUCUGUGGGUAUUGCUUCCAGGACUGCUGGGGUAGGAACGUAGCUCGGCGGUGGCGGUCUCGUCGUUUCAGCACUAGCGUGAGAGAUGGGCGGGAUGACGGCGUGCUGUGUAGAGCAUCGGAACGAAGCACAGGUGUUGAUCAGAAACAUCCACCGGGCGACGACAGCCCAAAUUCUAAGACGACGGAAACGCGUCCCGGUUCAUCCAGAACUCUGAAGUUGACUUCCAGAGGCAUUGUGUGGUCAGACGAUGAGGUUGAGCAAGUGAUUGUGCGAUCUCAAGCGCGUGUUGGUCGGUGGCACGGGGAUAUGGUCAGAUGGCGACGCCAGAUCCACUCGUUUCCAGAGCUCGCGUUUCUUGAGAAAGCCACUUCAAGCCUUGUUGAAGACUUGCUCCUGCAGUGGGGGUACUCGGUGCAUCGGGGACUGGGCGGAACAGGAGUGGUGGCAACCCUCACUGUGGGCGAUUCUACGGACGGCGGCAGCGGGGCAAUCAUGCUGCGCGCCGAUAUGGAUGCACUGCCGAUCCAUGAGGAGAGUGACUUCGCCUAUAGGUCCACACAGCGAGGUGUGAUGCAUGCCUGUGGUCAUGAUGGGCACACAGCCAUGCUUCUAGGUGCCGCCCGCCUUCUCUCCGAGACACGCAAGUUCCGUGGUACUGUCCACUUACUGUUCCAGCCAGCAGAAGAGGGCACCCUCACGGAGAAUGAAGGUAAACGCGUGAAUGGAGGCGCUCUGGCAAUGCUGAACGAAGGCUUGCUUGAAAAAUUCCCAGUACGAGCAGCCUUCGCCAUGCACAAUUGGCCGGGUGUACCGGUUGGGCGAUUCGCUAUUCACUCGGGGCCAGUCAUGGCGGCCGUCGACAAUUUCCACGUCACGGUGAACGGGCUGGGGUGCCACGCAGGCAUGCCUCAUCUGGGCCAGGGCCAGGAUGCUGUGCUGUGUGCUGCUCACACGGUGACAGCUCUGCAGAGUUUGGUGAGCCGGUCGGUUGACCCUCAAGACUCCGCCGUCGUGAGUGUGACUCAGAUCCAUGGAGGGGACGCGAACAAUGUGAUCCCAGGCUGCGUGACCCUCAAGGGAACUAUGCGAACCUUUAAGGAGACGACGCGCACAUAUCUUAUGGACAGGUUUUGUCAGAUUGUACAGAACACGGCAUCAGCGUUUGGGUGUGCUGCAACUGUGGAGUUUGCAGACCACUUCCCUGCUACAAUCAACACUGCUGGGGAAGCACGGCUAUGCCUCCAGGUUGCGAGGAAGAUAGUCGGGGACGAUAGGGCGGAGAUGGACAAGUUGCCGCCUAGCAUGGGCGCGGAGGAUUUUGGCUAUAUUUUGCAGAGAGUCCCUGGGUGUUAUCUAUGGAUCGGGAAUGGCCCAACGGAAGGUGGUUGCAUGCUGCAUAAUCCGAAAUACGACUUCAAUGAUGAUUGCUUAGCAAUAGGGGCUGCCUUCUGGGUUGAGCUUGUGGAGACUCUGCUCCCUGUCGGUAGUGGUUUGUAGCCGAAGCCUUUGCCCCAGGAAGGAGGAAACCAGGAAGUAGUAUGCCCUUGGCUAGUCGAAAGGAUGCGGGAGAGGAGUGUGGCAUGGAGGGACAGGGGGGAAAUGGACUGUAGCUCUACGGAAGAUGAUGAAUAAAGGAGCCAUCCUCUGGGGUUGUGCAGUUGGAGUUAAGUUGUAACGCGCGAGGGCCUCAUGAGAUGAGUGGGAAGAAAGGACAUGACUCGUAUGAGGUGAAGCGAACUUGUUUACGUUCCUGGCAAACGUCAAAAUCCCAAUUUCGCAGACUUGGCGGAUGGCUCCAGCACUGAUGCCUCCAGCACUGAUGCCUCCAGCACUGAUGCCUCUUUUCACUUUGUGAUGGGAAUGAACGUGAAACACGAGA